ACCUAGCCAGCAUCAUCUCUCUUCUCUCCUCACCUUCACCGAGUCGCUCCAUCCUUCCUCCUCCUCCUCUGCUAUGACAUCUCACACCGGUGGCGCGCUGCUUCUCACGCUGCCAGCCAGGCACCGCUCCUCCAUCCUGGACAUGUGCGCCCGGAAUAUCCGCCAUUGAUCCUUGGGUGGCGUUGUUUUGUUUUCUUUUCUUUUGAUUAGUGUGUGGUUGUAUAUUUUGAAAAGAUCAACAAGGAAAUAGGAAAAAGGAGGAGGGGGGGCGGCCGUCAUCUUUUACCCCCCUUCCGCUCCCUUCAGCCAAGCAGAGCGGCAAGGUGGGGGGAAGGCAUUUGAAGCCGGCUUGGAUUUAUUUAACAGCAACAUGACGGAUUUAGGGAGGUCGAUGGUGCUGAUGCUGAUGAAGAGGAGGGGGCUGACGGUGAGGAAAAUGGCCAGACUAAGACGCGACUUCUGGCUUCUCCUCCUGACGGGGUUCCUCGUUGGGGAUUUCUCCUCCUCUAGGGCUGAAUCCUGCGGUGGCGUAAUCCAAGGCCUGAACGGAACGAUAGAAUCGCCUGGUUUCCCCCAUGGCUAUCCCAACUACGCCAACUGUACGUGGCUGAUAAUAACAGGGGAGCGAAAUAGGAUCCAGCUCACCUUUGUCACGCUGGCACUGGAGGAAGACUUUGAUAUUGUGUCUGUAUAUGAUGGACAACCAUCGCCUGGGAACCUAAAACUGAGGUUGUCAGGGUUCAUGCUGCCUUCUCCAAUAGUCAGCAGUGGAUCUAUAUUGGCCUUGUGGUUUACCACCGAUUUCGCCGUGAGUGCACAGGGCUUCAAAGCUGUAUAUGAAGUCCUGCCUAGCCAUACCUGUGGCACCCCCGGACUCAUCCCCAACGGAGUCAUCCAUGGUGCUCGCUACAACAUUGGGGACAAAAUCCGCUACAGUUGCGAGUCAGGCUUCGUCCUGGAAGGACAUAAUAUCCUCACGUGUAUUGUAUCAGCAGGCAGUGGGGCACAGUGGGACUUCCCUUCACCUUUUUGUCGAGCGGAGGGGGCGUGCGGCGGCACGUUACGAGGCACCGCAGGUUCUAUAACCAGCCCCGGAUACCCUGCCGAGUAUGACAACAAUCUGGACUGCACGUGGUCAAUUCUUGCUGAACCGGGAGACACGAUAGCUCUUGUCUUCAAUGACUUCCUUUUGGAAGACAAGUAUGACUUCCUGGAAAUCAGCGGGACGGAGGCGCCCAGUAUAUGGCUAACUGGUACGACCCUGCCCUCCCCAGUUAUAUCGAGUAAAAACUGGCUACGGAUACACUUCACCUCAGACAGCAAUCACCGAAGAAAAGGAUUCAGUGCCCAGUACCAAGUGAAGAAAGCGAUAGAGUUGAAAUCCAGAGGAGUGAAGAUGAUGCCCAGUAAGGACUCCAGCCACAAAAAUGCCGUCUUGAGUCAAAGCGGCUUAGCAGGAGAUGUCUGUCCAGAUCCUGGAAUUCCAGAAAAUGGCAAGAGAAUGGGAUCAGCCUUCCAAGUCGGAUCCAGCGUCCAAUUCAGUUGUGAUGACAGCUACGUUCUUCAAGGAUCCAAAAGUAUCACCUGUCAGAGAGUGACGGACACACUGGCUGCCUGGAGUGACCACAGGCCCAUCUGCAGAACACGUACCUGUGGUAGCAACCUACGGGGGCCCAGAGGGAUCAUAACAUCUCCCAACUAUCCUGUUCAAUAUGAGAACAAUGCUCACUGCGUUUGGGUCAUCACUACAUUGGACUCUACAAAGGUGAUAAAGCUGUCAUUUGAAGAGUUUGAUCUGGAACGAGGGUACGAUACACUAACAGUGGGGGACGGAGGCAAAAUAGGAGACACUCGACGGGUACUAUAUGUACUCACUGGCUCCAGUGUACCGGACAUCAUUGUGAGCUUGUCCAAUCAGAUGUGGCUUCAUCUGCAGUCAGACGACACGAUUGGCUCAGCAGGGUUCAAGGCAGUCUACGAAGAGAUCGAAAGGGGAGGCUGUGGCGACCCUGGCGCUCCGGCUUUCGGUCGCCGUAGCGGCGACGGCUUUCAGCACGGGGAUGUGCUGACCUUCUUUUGCCAGUCUGCGUUUGAAUUAGUCGGCGAGAGGAGCAUCACGUGCCAGCACAAUAACCAGUGGUCUGGUAAUAAACCCAGCUGCGUCUUCUCUUGUUUCUUCAACUUCACGGCCCCGUCUGGGACUGUACUCUCCCCAAACUAUCCUGAGGAAUACGGCAACAACCUCAACUGUGUGUGGUUGAUUAUUUCGGAACCAGGGAGCCGCAUCCAUCUGCUCUUCUCUGACUUUGACCUGGAGCCACAGUUUGACUGGUUGGUGGUCAAAGAUGAAGGUUUGUCAGAACCAACAACAUUUGGAACAUUCUCAGGAAAGGAUGUGCCUUCCCAAAUCGCUUCAAACGGACACAUCGUGAGACUGGAAUUUCAGUCGGAUCAUUCCAACACCGGAAAAGGCUUCAAUAUCAGCUAUACAACUUUUGGCCACAAUGAGUGUCAUGACCCAGGCGUCCCUGUCAAUGGUCAAAGAUUCGGCGACCAAUUUCGGCUUGGGAGCUCCGUGGCCUUCCGUUGUGACCAAGGAUUCAUUAGAACACAGGGGUCGGACCAGGUCACCUGCAUCAUUCAGGAUGGAAGUGUUGUUUGGUCCGCAGCGGUGCCUCGCUGCGAAGCUCCAUGUGGAGGCCAUCUCACUGCUCCAACUGGAGUUCUUCUGUCUCCUGGUUGGCCUUCUUUCUAUAAAGAUUCUCUCAACUGCCAGUGGGUAAUAGAAUCUCUGCCUGAUCACGCUGUGAAGAUACACUUUGACAGGUUCCAGACCGAAGUCAACUAUGACACUUUAGAGAUUAGGGAUGGCCCCUCAUCUUCCUCCCCCCUGAUUGGUGAAUACCAUGGCACCCAGGCACCUCAUUUCCUGAUUUCCACGUCCAACUUCCUGUUCCUGUUGUUCACCACUGACAACAGUCGCUCUGCGGCGGGCUUCAGCAUCAGAUACGAGAGUGUGAAAAUGGAGUCAGACUCUUGUCUUGACCCGGGUAUUCCAGUAAAUGGGCGUCGCCAUGGCAGCAGCUUCUCCAUCGGCUCCCGUGUCUCCUUUACAUGCGACCUAGGAUAUACGCUGAGUGAUCAGGAGCCCAUUGUUUGCGAGCAAAAUCAUCAGUGGAGUCACGCUCUUCCCAGCUGUGAUGCUCUGUGUGGAGGUUAUGUCUUUGGGAAAAUUGGCACAAUUCUUUCACCGGGAUUUCCGGACUUCUAUCCCAAUUCUCUAAACUGCACCUGGACCGUAGAGGUGUCUCACGGUAAAGGAGUUCACCUGAUCUUCCAUACUUUCCAUUUGGAGGAGAACCACGACUACUUGUCCAUCACGGAGGACGGCAAUUUCCUGGUCCCAGUAGCCCGAUUAACUGGCUCAGUGCUGCCCCCUAGUGUUAGAGCGGGGCUCUUUGGAAAUUUCAGUGCCCAGCUACGAUUCAUAUCAGAUUUUUCCAUGAGUUACGAGGGAUUUAACAUUACAUUCUCAGAAUACGACUUGGAGCCUUGUGAGGAUCCAGGGGUACCUGCGUUUAGCAGACGAACGGGAUUCAAAUUUGAAGUCGGUGACUCGCUAGACUUCUCUUGUUUCCACGGUUACCGACUUGAGGGAGACGGCAAGAUCACUUGCCUCGGUGGAGGCAGGCGAGUUUGGAGCAACACACUGCCCAGAUGUAUAGCUGAGUGUGGAGCCACCUCUUUGGGACCAGAAGGUGUUCUGGUCUCUCCGAACUUUCCUUCCAACUACGACAAUAACCAUGAGUGCAUCUAUCGCAUCACCACAGAGAAGGGACAAGGAAUUAUGCUUAAAGCCGAAAGCUUCUCUCUGCAGGAUGGAGACUAUCUCAGGGUGUACGAUGGAGAAAACAGUUCAUCUCGUCUCCUUGGCAACUUCACUCGUGAAGUCAUGAUGGGUCACGUCAUCAAUAGUACCUCCAAUCAUUUGUGGCUGGAGUUCAACAGCAAUGCCUCUGGAACCACUCAGGGCUUUCACCUCACUUACACAAGUUUUGACCUGAUACGGUGUGAGGAACCAGGUGUCCCUAGUUAUGGUUACAAAAUCCAGGACGACGGCCAUUAUGCCAACACCUUUGUCCUUUACUCCUGCAACCCUGGCUACAGUCUCCAUGGCAGCAGUACUCUGACCUGUCUUAGUGGGGACAGACGUGUCUGGGACAAACCACUUCCAUCCUGUAUUGCGGAGUGUGGGGGUCAUAUAACUCGGGCAGUGUCUGGACGUAUCCUGUCCCCGGGAUACCCCGCCCCGUAUGACAACAACAUCCACUGCACCUGGACUGUAGAGGCUGAUACUGGCAAGACUAUAAGUCUCCACUUCAUCGUCUUCGACACUGAGAUCGACCAUGAUAUCAUGAGAGUUUGGGAUGGCCCGUCAGGGCCGUCAGAUGGAGGGAUCCUUUUGAAAGAGUGGUCGGGUCCAGCUCUACCUGAAGAUAUCCACUCGACCUUUAACAUACUGACACUUCAAUUUGAUGCUGACUACUUCAUCAGCAAGCGGGGAUUUUCAAUCCAGUUCUCUACCACAACAGCAACGACCUGCAAUGACCCCGGCAUCCCAGUAAAUGGCUCUCGAUACGGGGACAGUAAGGAGCCCGGUGACAGUAUGACGUUCCAGUGUGACCCCGGAUAUCAGCUCCAAGGCUCUGAUACCAUCACAUGUGUCCGCAUGGAUAACAGGUUCUACUGGCAGCCCGACCCUCCAACAUGCAUGGCAACAUGUGGAGGUAACGUCAGUGGUCCUUCUGGAGUGAUCCUGUCUCCUAACUACCCCCAGCCAUACCCACCGGGGAAAGAGUGUGAUUGGCGAAUACGAGUCAACCCAGAUUUUGUCAUUGCACUUAUCUUCAAAAGUUUCAACAUGGAGCCCAGUUAUGACUUCUUGCACAUCUACGAGGGUGAAGACUCCAACGGGCCACUGCUGGCAAGUCUCCAAGGUAGCCAAGCUCCUGAGCGCAUCGAGAGCGGUGGUAACAGUCUCUUCUUGGCAUUCCGAUCGGACGCUUCUCUGGGCAUGUCGGGCUUUGCCAUUGAGUUCAGAGAAAAACCCAGAGAGGCCUGUUUUGAUCCCGGGAACAUCAUGAAUGCUAGUCGGACCGGACAUGACUAUAAACUGGGAUCACAGGUGUCCUACAACUGUCACCAUGGCUACACAAUAUUGGGUGGAGAUACCAUAACAUGUGUGAUGGGCCGUGAUGGGAAGCCCGUUUGGGAUAAGGCUCUACCAUUGUGUAAAGCUCCGUGUGGUGGACAGUACGGUGGAUCUGAGGGAGUGGUUCUAUCUCCAAACUACCCGCUAAACUACACCACCAGACAAAUGUGCCCCUACUACAUCACUGUACCACCACAGUUUGUUGUUUUCGGUCAGUUUGCUGUCUUCCAGACCGCGAUGAACGACUCUGUGGAGCUGUUCGAUGGAGCCAAUGAGAACUCACGACUGUUAAGCUCUCUGGCAGGAACACAUUCAGGGGAGACGUUACCACUGGCUACAUCUAAUCAGAUAAUGCUGCGCUUCAACGCCAAGAGUGGUCAAUCAGCGAAAGGCUUUCACUUUGUCUACCAAGCUGUGCCCCGGACCAGUGACAGUCAGUGUAGCUCGGUGCCAGAGCCUCGAUACGGGAGGCGACUCGGGUCGGAGUUCUCGGCCGGAUCGGUGGUCCGGUUCGAGUGCAGUCCAGGAUAUUUGUUGAAGGGAUCAAACGCAAUCUGGUGCCAGGCAGUACCGGGAGCUCUGGCACAGUGGAACGCAACAAAGCCAAGCUGCAUCGUUCCCUGCAGCGGGAAUUUGACCGAACGCCGCGGCACCAUCUUGUCUCCUGGCUAUCCGGAGCCUUACCCAAACAGUCUCAACUGUCUGUGGAGAAUCCAUGUCAGCGAAGGGGCUGGGAUACAGAUCCAAGUGAUUGCCUUCGCCACAGAACACAACUGGGAUUCGUUGGAGAUCUACGAUGGAGGAGACAUGACGGCUCCUAAAUUAGGGUCAUUUUCUGGAACGACAGCUCCCGCCCUCCUUAACUCCACGUCCAAUCAGCUUCUCCUGCACUUUCAGAGUGACAUUAGUGUUGUUGCUGCAGGGUUUCACCUGGAAUAUAAAACGGUAGGUUUGACUACCUGUCCAGAGCCGAUGAUCCCAGCUAACGGCAUUAAAACAGGAGACAGGUACAUGGUCAAUGAGGUAGUGGCCUUCACCUGUGAGCCUGGGUAUGACCUACAGGGUCACUCUCAUAUUUCCUGCAUGCCUGGGACUGUGCGUCGAUGGAACUACCCACCUCCUCUUUGUAUAGCUCGUUGUGGCAAGGUGUUGUCUGAGGUCACUGGGGUCAUCCUGAGUCCCGGUUUCCCUGGCAACUACCCAGGCAACGUGGACUGCACCUGGCAAAUCAUCUUGCCAACUGGAUAUGGAGCUCAUAUCCAGUUCCAAAACUUUUCCUCUGAAGACAACCAUGACUUUCUGGAAGUGCGGGCGGGACCACAGCACAGCUCAGCUCUUAUUGGACAGUUCACUGGGGCGCAGCUCCCGCCCCCUCUACUAAGUACCACCCACCAGACGAUCAUUCACUUCUACAGUGACCAUUCAGAGAACAGGCUAGGGUUCAAGCUCACCUAUCAAGCUUAUCAACUUCAGAACUGCCAAGAUCCAUCUCCUUUCACCAAUGGUGACAUCAUCAAUACUGACUACAGCGCUGGACAGUCAAUAACGUUCCAGUGUUACUCUGGGUAUGUUUUGAUUGGACACCCAGUCUUGACAUGUCUCCAUGGAACAAACCGGAAGUGGAAUCACCCAUUCCCACGCUGUGAAGCUCCUUGUGGCUACAAUGUCACCGCUGAAAAUGGGACCAUUUAUUCGCCCCAGUACCCCAAUGAAUACCCUAAUUCCCAAGACUGUACCUGGCUCAUCAUAGUUCCCCACGGACAUGGAGUUUACAUCAACUUCACCUUGUUGCAAACAGAGCCUGUCACUGAUUAUAUUGCCGUCUGGGACGGUCCAGAUGGGUCCAGUCCUCAGCUGGGAGUAUUUAGCGGCAACACAGCGUUAGAGUCAGCUUACAGUUCCAGCUCCGAGGUUCUGAUUCGCUUUCACUCUGACUUUUCAACCGGAGGAUUCUUCAUACUCAACUUUCAUGCCUACCGUCUGAAGAAGUGCUCUGCUCCCACUGUGGUGGAAAACGCAGAGAUAAUCUAUGAAGAUGAAGACUUCCUAAUAGGUGACGUUGUGAUUUAUCGUUGCCUUCCUGGUUAUACACUCGUCGGAAAGGCAGAGCUCAUGUGUACACUCAACUCCCAUUUACUGUUCGAGGUCCCGCCUCCAACUUGUCAAGCUCAGUGUCCUGCCAAUGAGGAACGAUUUUCAUCUUCAGGGGUCAUACUGAGUCCAAUGUUCCCUGCUAACUACCCCAACAGCCAAACCUGCUCUUGGCUGCUGCGAAUGCUUCCAGGGUACACCAUCAGUAUCUAUGUUGAGAUGUUCCACAGUGAGAAACAGUUUGAUGAGCUAGAAAUCUUCGAUGGAUCUUCAGGACAGAGCCCUUUGCUUGUGGCUCUCAGUGGAAACCACUCAUCUCAGCUCAACUUCACCUCUAAAACCAAUCAACUUUACCUACGCUGGUCCACUGACCACGCGACCAACAAAAAAGGAUUCAAGAUAAGAUACUCAGCUGCGUACUGUAGUAUCAUUGAUAUCCCAGUGAAUGGGGGCGUGGUCAACCGAACCAAACUCCAGCCAGGUAGCCGACUCCAGUUCUACUGUAUUCAUGGUUACCGUCUGGUAGGCUCAACGAAUUGCACCUGUAGACUUCACCCCAAUGGUCUUUACCAGUGGGACACACCGCCACCAUUUUGCCAAGCCGUCUCCUGUGGGAUCCCUCAAUCACCAGGCAAUGGCAGCUUCCAUGUCAACCAGUAUACUGUGGGCAGUCAAGUGACCUACCGAUGUAACCAUGGUUACCACCUUGACCCCAAUCUUCCAGCGACGACUGUAUGUUUAGAGGAUGGCAGCUGGAGUAAUGCUGCCUCACCCACUAAAUGUCUCCCCAUCCACUGUCCGAGCCUUGAGGGCACCUUGUCAGAUCACAUGACCCACCGCCUGCUGUCUGGUGCGCUGGGAGAGUUUGGUUCUGUGGUCAUGCUGGAAUGCUUAGCAGGAUACUCUUUUGGGGUGGGACACCGGACACUGCGCUGUCUUGCCAACGGGACUUGGGAGGGGUCAGAUGGCCCUGCUGCAUGCAAGAUUUUGUCCUGUGGAGAUCUUCCCUCUCCUCCCUUUGGCACCAAACUCGGCACACUGACGACAUUUGGAGCUACUGCGAUUUUUAUGUGUAACCAUGGUUACACAUUAGUGGGAUCACAUGUCAGAGAAUGCGGAGCCAACGGGCUGUGGAGUGGUUCAGAGACCAGGUGUCUUGCUGGCCACUGUGACUCUCCAGAUCCUAUCGUCAAUGGGCACAUUAGCGGUGACGGCUCAAGUUACCGCGACACAGUGGUCUACCAGUGCAUGCUGGGAUACCGGCUGAUUGGCACAUCAGUCAGAAUCUGCCAACAAGACCAUCGGUGGUCUGGAACAACACCUGUUUGUGUCCCCAUCACUUGCGGUCACCCCGGCAACCCAGCCAACGGACGGACAAACGGCAGCGAGUUCAACCUCAAUGACGUCGUCAACUUCACCUGCAAUAAAGGUUACAUCCUGAGUGGAAAUGCACGUGCUCAAUGUCGACUCAACGGCCAGUGGAGCAGCCCUCUACCUAUCUGCAAAGUGGUAAACUGUUCGGAUCCUGGACAUGUGGAGAAUGGUGUUCGGCAGUCAGGCCUACGUUACCCAGAAGUCUUCAGCUAUGGUGUAACUGUUGCCAUCCACUGUAAACGAGGCUUCUACCUGCUGGGCUCUGCGCUCCUCACAUGCCAACAUGAUGGACGCUGGGACAAACCCACCCCUCGCUGCUUAGCUAUUUCUUGUGGAGACCCUGGUUUGCCCCCAAGUGUGGUCUUGUCUGGGACACGCAGCUGGACGUACGGCUCAGUGCUGCAAUACUCCUGUCUGCCAGGAGGGGUGCUGGUGGGCAAUGCUACACGCCACUGUCAAGAAGACGGCACAUGGAGCAGGGCACCGCCUUACUGCACAGGUUCGAGUCCAGGGAUGUGCGGGGACACGGGGGUCCCUCCCCAUGGAGGCCGUUUAGGAGGAGAGGAGUUUAAAACCAAAAGCCUGCUGCGUUUUAGCUGCGAGGCGGGAUACAAUCUGAUUGGCUCUGCUGAGAGGACAUGCCUCCACAACGGCACCUGGAGUGGAACGCAGCCCGUGUGCCAAGCUGUAUCUUGUGGCAACCCAGGCACCCCGGCCCACGGCAGAAUCGUCUUCAAUGAUGGCAUCACCUUCGGCAGCUCAGUGGCUUACGCAUGCUGGGAAGGGUUCAAAACAUCAGGCCUGACCACCAGACACUGCACAACAAAUGGGACAUGGACAGGACAACCUCCAGAUUGCACUGUGAUCAGUUGUGGAGAUCCGGGGCCAAUAGCCAACGGCGUCUAUUUGGGACUGGACUUCACCUUUAACCACACUGUGGCCUACCAUUGUAACCCGGGUCUCCUGAUGGAGCUGCCUAGACUUGGGCACAGUGUUUUACGCUGCACUACAGAUGGAACGUGGAACCAAACCAAACCGAGUUGUAAAGUGAUCCUGUGUGGGCCACCUCCUCAAGUGCAACACGGAGAAGUGCAAGGAACAGACCAUUCAUGGGGAUCAAGUAUUAGCUACAGUUGUUUCCAUGGUUACCAUUUGUCAAUGCCAGCUGUGGUGGCAUGUGAGGGGAAUGGAACAUGGACGGGAGAUGUCCCACAGUGUCUGCCGGUCCUUUGCGGUGAUCCAGGCUCUCCUGGAGGCGGAUUCAGAGAAGGGAGCAUCUUUACUUACCGGUCAGAGGUCAGAUUCUACUGCCAGACCCCCUACUUGUUGGUCGGCUCCCCUUCCAGAGAGUGUCAGGCUGAUGGGAUGUGGAGUGGCCAACAACCAGCUUGUAUAGAUCCGGCAUUUAACAGCUGUCGUGACCCAGGAACGCCAGCAUAUGGUAUCCCGGUCCAGGCUCAGGGACUUCAGGUUGGAAGUAAACUGUCUUUUAAGUGCCGCAAGAACUACCACAUUCUUGGUUCCACCACAAGAACGUGUUUAGAAAAUCUCACUUGGAGUGGAACACAGCCUGAAUGUAUUGCUCAUUCGUGCCGUCAGCCCGAGACCCCCAGUAAUGUGGAUGUCCGCUCAAUGGACUUGCCGACAUUGGGCUAUACGCUAAUCUACACGUGUCAAGACGGGUUCUAUCUGGCUGGUGGAUCGGAACACAGAACAUGUAAAAGUGAUGGGAAAUGGUCAGGCAAACCACCACUGUGUAAAGUUGGAGUUAAAGUCAAUCCCAAAGGCAAAGGAGACUCAGACAUCCAGAAGAACAAAAUUCGAGUUCCAGUGGACGUGUUCUCCCACAACUCGGAAUGGAGAGGUUUCUACGAGUAUCUGGGCAAGAGACAGGCCACCACAUUUACAGUGACAGGCUUCAAUGCGACUAGUGGAAGGGUUAACAUCACUUUACUAGAAACCAGUGGAGUGUCCAUCAGACUAUCAGGUACCUACAAGUCUGAGGAGAACCAGCUUCUUCUGAAGGUCUACCAGGUCAAGGGGCCCACAGAGCAUUACUACAGCAAGUUUAAAAAUGACAACUGGGCAAUGGAUGGAUAUGUGACUGCAGAAUCGGACCAGAAAACAUUUGUCUACCAAGGGCAUAUUCACAGUAAAGACUUUGGCAAGUUCCAUCUGACAAGACAAGGCCCCGUAGCCACGGCGAUAGACACAUCCAAUCCCUAUACAAACAGCAGCUCGGUCGCAGCAGCCAUCUUGGUUCCUUUCUUCGCCCUCAUCCUGUCUGGAUUCGCCUUCUACCUCUAUAAGCACAGGACAUUGUCUGCUGACACAGAUGACAAUGAACGACCAAAAGAUACCUGGGGGCCUGGCGGCAGAACCCGCCCCAAGGUCCAGUUCAAUGGCUACGUGGGCCAUGAAAACACCAAUGGCCAAGCAUCAUUCGAAAACCCGAUGUACGACACCAACAUGAAGCCCACCGAGGCUAAGGCCGUGCGAUUCGACACCACACUCAAUACAGUAUGCACUGUGGUAUAGCCCAUCACACCUACUGCUACCUUAAAAAAGGCAGUUGUGCAGUCUGACAUGGCUGUCUGCGUUGUGGUUUAAACCAACAGGACAAACAAACAAACUCAUGAAUGACACCGGAGCAGUCUGUGUGGUGGCAUGCUGGUCAGCAUACACUGCAUAGUAAUGUGCCUCUGCUCCCUCCCAACAUGAGGAUCCACAGCCUCUCCCUCCAUCCGACAGGCAAUAGUGGGAGCAGACAGUGAUGUCAUUAAAAAGUUAGUUCAUUUGUCAGGGGGGUUUAGAUGUGAAGGAAACACAGGCAGAGGUUCGGGGUUUCCUAACUUCCAACAUAGAAGGGUGUAAACUGCACCAAUGGCCUUUUGAUACCUUUCCCCCAACCCGAUUACCAUAUAAGUACAGUAGUAAUACAAGGCUUACUGGCUCCAUCCCUAGGCACAAGGAUCGGUUAUACAUGACUAAAGUUGGAUUUAACCGUAACCUUUUUUGUACUUAGGUACAUUGAAACCUAAAUCGACUAAAUCUAGAGACGACUUGGUCCUUUGGAGUAGACAAUUGAGAGGUUUCCAUUUGUUAAAAGUGGACAAUCACAAGCCUAUGCAUUGCUGCAGUAUCUGGCAACAAAUGAGGCGAAGCCAUCAAUGUUCCAUAUUGUCGUGUUUAACAUAGCUGAUUAUGUGGGGGCUCGUCCCGCUUAAUGCAUUUAAAUUGCCCAGUCUAAGGUGUAGUCCGCCUUAAGCCAAAAGUCAAGUUGGAUAUUCUUCACCCACUCCCAUGAUCCUGGACCUGUAAACCAGCCCUCCUGUAGCUCCUAUGAAAAAACAGCUUAACGACUAAACACCUAAAAAAAAAAAGUCCCAAGACAACAAAUUCUGCUCUAGCAGCAGUCAGACUAUGCUCAAGCAGAAAUCCACGAUGCUGCACACAAUUGUGAGGUUUCCAAAGACCUGUCAAACACUAUCAAACAGUCCAUACUUGGACUCGCCAGAAUUCCGUGCUUGUUGGUUGAACUAGAGGACACCUGGAGGCAAUAAGCUGUCAGAAUUGUCCACCCAGGAUGAAAACGUCUACAUGUCGGGUGAAAGAAGAGGAUAUCAGCCAGGUGAUAUUUGUAUCAUCCAGCCACAAAGUUGACUUUAGACAAAUGGACGGAGGAGCUUCUCUGUUUGUGAACUGGGAAUGAGAGACAAGGCCAGGUUGCUAUGGAAACAGAGGCAAAUUGUCUCUUCUGGCAUUUUUCUUCAGUGAAGAUAUUGAUGAACUUAUGUUCAAAACCCAGUGGCCCAAUGGGACUUCCCAAUCCGCUGCUGCUGGGACUGCCCAAGUAUAAACUUUAUACAGACUCUUAAACCGCACAAAUUUUGCACUUAGUGUGUUUUUCUGACUGGGGUGUGAAAAAAAUAAUUUUGGGGGUAAGAAACGGGUUUGGAAAAAAAAGUCCUUCAAAUUAAGAACAUUUUAUUCAAAGCUUCUAUCUUAAAAAAAAAAAGAAAAAGUUGACUAAAUGAUGGCUAAUACAGGGUUACAGAGUGUUUGUAUAUACACAUUUAUAUUUAACAUACCUGUUUGUUUUGUUGCCGUGACAACGCUCUACGCCACCCAGAACGUUGUGAUGAGUUUACCUGUGGACCUCCGGCCUUCUUGUGUGUCAUAUUGGCGCCGUUGUUGUUAAUGAUCUGGAAGCUCAUACUGAACCCUGCUACUAAAGUCUCCUAGACAGCACACAGUGUGAUGCCUCACAUUACGAUGACAUAGUAUAUCUCAGUGUGAACUCAUGAAUUCCACGCAGUAGUAGACAGUAGAAGUUUUCAGAAACAGCGUCUUUCAAAAGAUGCAUUUUUAAUGUCCCCAACCACUCUCAUGCGUCACCCAUUUCACAUCUUUAAAUGCACUUUUUCCACCCAACACACCCUUUUAAAAAGCACACCCUUUCUUCACUAAAUAGUACAAUUACCUCUUUACUGCUUUUUGUGCCAUCCCGAUCAAUACGAGGCAAGAUAAGAUUAAAAAGCUGAGUUUUCCAAACUGGCUGCAAGAAAGAAUUGUUUUGAUUUUCAAUUACUUAUCUGGCAUGAGUGAGUCAUGAACAUAAUUGGCUCUCUGAAGAGUCACUUCCUAUCUUAUGCUAGGAAAACCCACCUGAAAACAGUGGAACCUCUAAUGUUCAACACAAUCUAUAAUUGGAAUGCUGCUUACAGUAAGAAGGGGAUUCAUAUGCCCCCAUUCAUUACUGUUUACCUGACACAUGAAACAUGAUGCAUGGGGGGGUGUCACUAUCGACUUUAGCCGCCAGAUGGCAGUAGACUGUUGCAUAUCUUAAAAUAUGUUUUGUGGCAAUCCCAACAUUGACCUGCUAUGUAGAGUGGCACUUUCCAUCAUUUUCAGCAGACUGCAUUCCAAAAUGACUCCCCACUCCCCCCACGCAAGAUCCAUAUGAAUCCCUUCCCCACUGUAUAUGAAAUCAUUUGAUUACAAUUACUGAUCUGUUUGAGGCGACAUCAUAUCUCUUCAGUUGGUCUUCACGGUUAAAGAAGUAAUUUUCACGAACGAAUCGAGUCUUUUUAACAGCUCUUUCAAGUGACUGAUGAUAACCGAUUAAAACAAUUCACCAAAUUAAAAGUGAUUCGAUUCCAGGUGCUCAAUUAAGACAGCAAGACAAAAUAAAGGCGGUGGAAGGUUUUACAGUUCAUUUUUUUAAUUGGGUGUGAACCAGUAGUUUACAAUAUUGAACUGCAAAUUGUAUGGGGUACUAAAUUCAAGUGUUUAUUAGAACGAAAAUCGUCAAAAUGAUUAAGAAAUGUGUUCUCAAAAUAUUUCAUUCGGUGUGUUUAUUAACAAUUUGGGUCGCUGCUUUCCAUUAAAGGAAAACUGAUUUUUUUUUUUGUUAUUAAUUGCUCAUUGUCCACAAUCUCUAAGUGAAACAAGAACAUAUGUCUUUCCCUUUUCUGUACAUACUAAAUAGUGGAAAACUGCAACACCAAUGCAGGAAAUGGGGAGUCCCACACCAAAAAACCAUCGCAACAUCGCUAGGAAGUAUUUAUUUUAAUUUGAGGAGUGAGGAUUCCUCUAAAUUUGCCAGUGUAAGGAGAGCACAAGUGCUGGAAGAUACAGCCAUCCCAUCAGUCGGCAUCCCAGUGAGAAUGGAAAUUGUAAGGAAGAAGAGAAAAAGAUUUAAAAAAAAAACAUUUUAAGUCACUGUUUUAUGUUCUUAUUUGAAACGUUUGGCAAAAGUGCUACAAGAUAACGCUCCAAGGCUCUCAUGAAGUCUGCCAUUAGUGGUAGCAAACAGAGGAAGUGCUCUCUUUGCUCUGGUAGUUGACGGAAGUAGUAAGAAGUACUGCUAUGGGCUUUGUGAAAUCAAUGGACCGAGGAAAAAAGUUACAGUGAUGCUUAAAAUGACCAAAAUUUUGUAAAUAUUACUUUGUAAAGAAAGAGCUUGUUGGUAAAUUACAUACAUAUAUGCAGCAUGUAUAUGAACCGGUGAUCCGCCUCUUACAAGCAGUUUUUACUUUUUAGAAUGCACAGACAAUGGAAAGACGUGUGCUCUUGCCAAAAAAAAAAUAUAUAUUAAAAAAGUGCAGUUUUCCUUGCAGUAUUUUGUGCGUCUUCACUUUUGUCUUUAUGUUUAGUAUAUCUCUCACAGAACUAAAAUGUAAUUCUAUGUUGCCUUUAAAUGUAGUUGAAGUUAUCUUAGCAAGAUUAUAUAUUUUUUUCUUUUUUUUCUCAAGCUGCUGCACCUCCGAAGUCUUAAACACGCCUUAAGUGUGAGCUGCUUCUCGAGAACAAUCCAAUUGGUCAGCUAACAUUUACAACAUUGGACAUGCAUGUUUUCAGAACAUGGACAUUUUUAUCAAAAUGUAAAAAAAAAAAUAAUAUAUAGCUAACCCAACUUUUUUUAAAGUCUUUUGCCAGUUUCUUUGGUUGUUUCCGGCCAGAAAUCUAAAUGCCAACCAGAAUACGAGUAAUUUUGGUCCAAAUUAUUAUACAAUUACAGGGGCACGCAGGUCUUGUGGUUUCUUUCAGCAACUUUAGAGUCAUAUUUUUCCCCAAAAUCUUGACUUUAUAGGUUCCACUGUUUACCAUGUCUUCAUCUCUAUAGUUGCGGUUUAAAAUAGUUCACCUUCAGACCUCCGUCAUGAGCUUGCAAACAAUACAUUACAAAAUCCAGUUCACACAAACAAGAUAUGAAUUUGCUGGAAACCAUUUUUAAAAAUAGAUCAAAUUAAAUAGAAAACAUUGAACAACAGUUAAUUUACCCUGAAAUGGUUGAAUAAAUGAGUAUUGAUUUCAAUAAUUGCAAAUGAACAGAAAGCAUACUGUCUGACUGUGGUUUGCCUAACU